AUGGUCAAUUGUGUAACCAAACGACUUGACAACUCAUCGUCUCUCCAGACUGAGGUUGUCAGCGUUGGCAACAACGCUCUAAUGGACUGGGGAGUUCGAGGCUCAGAAGAUCUUCAACGCGUCUGUCUCCAACUGCACAAAGUGUCUAAAAAGCAUCAAUCUCGGCACAAUAUCACUCUCAAAGUCCCCACGGUCUCCCCGCCCAAUCUGUCCGACCUCCAUCUGAGGUCCAAAAAAGAAAAGUUAUCAAUCACCAUGGCCAACAAACGAGGUCUGUCGAAACUCUGCUUCAUGGUAAACUACUACAACUUUCGGAACAUCAAUUCGUCCGGGGGUGUUCAAGUGGCUUGUGGGAGAGAGAGUCCAAUGUGA